AAUGUGAAGCCAACUUCCUUCUGUGAGUAUUUGUUGGUGAGAUUAGCGUGACUCUGGUUAAAUAUCGCUGCUCCUCAGAUAUGUGGACAAUAAGCUGAUUUAACUCUUCGUCCAUAAAAACAUGGACCCACAGACAACUGCUAAUGUUGAAAAUAGUCAAUGUUGGUUGUGAUCGUCACUUUGAAUGAAGAUCCUGACGUUAGCAUCGCUUAGAACUGUGCUAAGCUACAUAAGGUGAAGUACACUGUUGAUCGCUUCUGGUGAAGGACUUGUAUUUUCUCAGGCUGAAUCAAACGGGUCUUUCUGAAGGUUUGUUGGGGUUCUAACAUGUCAGCCCAGGUUUAAAUCAUCUGCAGUCACAGCAGCUCACUGACGGCCACAGACAUCCAGUGUAGCAUUCACUCCAGGCUCAGACACCCAGCAGCACCGACCAUGUCAACACAACCCUGGGCCGGUGCUCCCGGCUGCUGCGCUCCCAGCUCGGAGGACUUUCCACCGGCUCCCCGGGGUGUCGUCAGCCCCCCGAGCCUGGAGAAACUGUCCUGCGCUUCUUUUCUGAGCGCGGGUCAAGUGAUGCAGCCGGAGCCCAUCUCCUAUGUGACCCUCCAGGAGCAGCGGUGCGUCCUGAGCUGGUUCCAGGGAUGGACCACCACCCAGAAGGAGCGGUUCUUGCAGGACCUGCUCGGUAAGGCUGUGCCCGGGAAGGUGUGCACCCUCCUGGAUUCGCUCAGUACUCUUCAGGUUAACGACAAACUACCAAACAUCUUUGAAUGCCAGCUGCGCCUGUGGACACAGUGGUUCGAGUCUUGGGGAGAAGAGGAGAGGAAUCACUUCCUGCACAUUCUGGAGGAAAGAGAUCCAGUGUUUGUUUCCCACUUUUACAGCAGUGUAGCUGGUACAGCAGGAAGAGACUGAGCGAUGUCCACACUGUGACAGAAAUCAAGUGAAUGUUGAAAAACAAAACGUGUUACAGAAGUGACGUGUGGUGGGCAGAGUGUAUUAAAUCUGAGCUAUUUUGAUUUUCUUUUCCAAACAAAUGUUGGAUUAGACUUAUUUUUGAAGGUAAACCAUUUCAUAUAAGGAUCAGGAAUUAUAAUUCAAAGCAGUUCAUAUUUCGUCAGAACAUAUUUUACUUGCACACCGAAAAUUGUUUAUUCAUUUCAGAUGUAAGAACAUUACAUUUACAAUUGUACAAUAUUUUUCCUGUACCAAUUGAUUGACAUGGACAAGAGACCGAACCUUUUCUUUUUUACACAUAAGAUUAAAUAAGUUGCAUUGUUGUA